UAAAACAUUUCUUAAAGUAAUAUUGUUUACAAAUUUUAUUUUAAUUAAUUCUCAAGAAAAUCAUCUUAAUUAGACAAACAUAACAGUUCUAAGCAUCUCAAAAUUAAUUAAAUUAAUAGAAUACAAUGGAUGACGAAGCAGAAACCUACAAAUUAUGGAGAAUUCGUAAAACUGUGAUGCAGCUUGCUCACGAUAGAGGAUAUCUAGUAACACAGGAUGAAUUGGAUCAGACAUUAGAGCAGUUUAAGGAACAAUUCGGAGACAAACCGAGUGAAAAGCGACCUGCUAGAUCUGACUUGAUUGUUUUGGUACAUCAUAAUGACGAUCCAACGGAUCAGAUGUUUGUGUUCUUCCCUGAUGAAUCGAAAAUCGGUAUUAAAUUGAUUAGAACUUAUUGUCAACGAAUGCAAGAAGAAAAUAUCCAUCGAGCAAUUAUGGUUGUUCAAGGCUCAAUGUCACCAUCAGCAAAGCAAGUUCUUGGAGAAAUGGCACCAAAAUACAUCAUCGAACAAUUCUUGGAAUCAGAAUUACUUAUUAAUAUCACAGAACAUGAAUUAGUACCAGAGCAUGUAGUUAUGACGCCUGAAGAAAAAUCAGAACUAUUGGCACGUUAUAAGCUCAAAGAGAACAUGUUGAUGAGAAUUCAAGCUGGUGAUCCUGUGGCUCGCUAUUUUGGACUAAAAAGAGGACAGGUUGUCAAGAUUAUUCGACCUUCUGAAACAGCUGGAAGAUACAUCAGUUAUCGACUUGUAUGUUAAUCUUUUAUUUUACUACUUCUGUAUCUCUUAAGAAAUUCUUAAUAAAAUCAUUAAACUUUUACGAAAUAAAAAUCUUAAUUCUUAAUAGAAAUAAGCAAAUCGCUGGA